AUGAGCCGAGCUCACCUGCCAUCGCUCCUCCUUCUGCCCUCCCCACCAGAGCCGGCAACCCGCGCCUCCCUCAAUGCCGCCUACCGGCGACCCCUCGAGGCUGCCCUCGGCAAGCUCAAGAACCCGACCCGCGCCACGACGCUGAUCGUCGUCGUCGCUCUUCCGGUCCUGGGGGGUUCGACGCCCAGAUCAAGGACGCUUUCCUGGGCCGACACCCAGUCGCUGCUGGCCGGCCUCUACACGAUCAUCUCGGUCGUGUGCGCCAAGCUCGCCAUCGACACCGACGUCAAUGGCGGGCCUGGGGUCGUGGACGCACGAGUCGUGCUGGUGCACGACGACCCGGCCGCCAGCGCAGUGGGCUCCCAGCCGCCGCCCUUGAUCGAGCCCAACAACACCGUCAUCGUGGACCUGCCGACCUUUGCGUCCGCCAGCCAGGCGUGGAACUACAUCUUCCACGUCGAGAGCGAGGGCGGCCUCGAGCUCGAGAGGAGGUACCUCGAGCUCACCACCGCGGGUGGCGCGCAGACCGUGCUCGAGGAGCAGCUCGUGCCGGUCGACAUGGGCCUUAAGAUGACCACGGAGCCGGCGUCGGGGGUCCUCUCGGUGCAGACCCCGCUGCACCGCAGCGUCAUCCUGGGCGGCACGUUCGACCACCUCCACCCGGGCCACAAGCUGCUGCUGGCCGCGGGGGCGCUGCUCCUCGACGUGCCGGAGCCCGGGUCGUCGACGCCCUGCCGGUACACGAUCGGCGUCACGGGCGACGAGCUGCUCCGGAACAAGAAGUACGCCGAGUACGUCCAGCCCUGGGCCGAGCGCGCGCGCAACAUCCUCGACUUCCUCGGCACCGUGCUCUCCCUGCCGCGCCCGUCGCCCGACGACGGCGGCAGGCCCCAGGUCGAGGAGCGGCCGGGCGACUUCCGGGCCUCGUUCCGGGGCGGCCUCAUCGCCGUCCAGUGCGUGGUGAUCCACGACGUCUACGGGCCUACGAUCACGGACGAAGACAUCACGGCGCUCGUCGUCUCUGGCGAGACGAGGUCGGGCGGCGCCGCCGUCAACGACAAGAGGGCCGAGCAGGGUUGGCACCUGCUGGACGUCUUCGAGGUCGAUGUGCUGGACGCCGAGGAGGUUGCGGAAGGGCCGACGCAGACGGAGAACUUCGCUUCCAAGAUCAGUAGCACGGCGAUACGGCAGCUUAAAGCGCAGCAUCGAUCUUGA